AUGAUGUCUAGGAGACGAAGCUCCAACGCCGGGAUUUCCACCCGUGCCACCUCCAACGGCCACGGGUCCUCCAGCGAGUCCAUGUUUGAGCUCAAAGAAGCCCAGAGCAGUCUCCGCUACGACUGGCCCCAGCUCCUCCAGGACGACGCCAAUCCCAUCGAGCUCGCAGUAGCAUUCUUGGACGACACUUCCGUAGGGUUGGCCCACCGGCUCAGCGAGUUCGAGCAAGUCAAACAGUCCACAGAGUCUGCGCUCAGAAACGUCGUCAACGACCACCACGAGCUCUUCAACAACAGCGUGGGGUCGUACCACUUGUUGCUCUCCACAUUGACGGAGUCACAGCAGGACUCCAUCGCCAUCAAGCACAUGUUGGAAAGCACCACCAAAGAUAUCCAUGACCGUUCAGACAUUUUGGGAGAGUUAAGCCAAACAUCAGCCAGAUACGCCGACAUGAUCGAGAUCUUGGACGCCAUCAACGAGAUGAUGGACAUACCCACGCGCAUUGAUCAGCUCGUGGGCGACAAGAAGAUCCACGAGGUCUACGACGUGAUUUCCCACGGAUACAAAUUGGCAGAACAGUACAACUUGUGGACAUUGCCAGCCAUGAACGCCCUCCAGAACUACCUCGAGAUCCAGUCCAACACCUUGUUCGACUUGAUCAUCGACGAGCUCCAGAACGAGAUCUACCUCAAGGGCUCCACUGCCCUCAACGACCCUGCCAGCCAGUUAUACAGCUGGGACACCUUGCUCCGCUCCAACAACCCCCAGUUGGCGUCGUUCAAGACCUUGAUCGCCGAGCUGUACAACUUGGAGCAGUAUAUCUACAACUCGGCCAAUUUGGACAUUCCUGAAGUGGUGGAGGUACUCCAUAAGCCAGUACAGACGUUUGUCAACUCACAAUUGCCCAAGCUCCACUCCCAUUUUUCGAACCCGCUGGAAAAGCUCUACUCGCUCUCUGACAACGACAAGCACGAUGCGUCGUCGGCGUUGGACUACUCGGUGCUCUUGGAGUCCACGUCCAGCUUCAGCUCCGAAUCGUUCCACUACAUCUACAUGCUUCUCCACACCGCGUCCAAAUUGAGCAGACUCAACCAGGUGAUCGAGAUCCUCUCAGGCAACAACCAGCUGGAGUUGCACGGCCUCAUCAACCGCACCAUCGAGGAGGUCAAGCAAAAAAACGGUGCAACCAUAGGCAAGCUCGACAAGCACCAGGCAUUCGACCGGUCUUUCACGUUCGACUUCAUCGGCACCAAGAACUUCAGCGACAACUCGGUGCUAAUUCUCAAGGAUUUGUUCGGGUCGAUCUUUGUCAAGAGUUUGGCCGUCUUGCAAAGACACAAGAUCGUCAGUGAAAUCGUGCACAGAAUAGAGAGUGGCCAGAACUUGUCGUACGACGUCCACGACAUCUGGAACUCCAUCAAGAAAGAGCUACAAUCGUUGAUGACCAACUAUAUCUACGACAGCAUGAUCAUAAAUGGAACGUCCGAUAUGAUUUCCACUAACAGCAAAAUCCACGACAUUUUACGGAAGAGAGACCUCUUCCAGUUCGAAGAUGUGUCGUAUAACAAAACGUCCAAGGGGCCUGAAGAUCUACAGAUUAUAUUGCAAGAUAUGUUCCCAGGCUUCCUCUUGUCGGAUUCGUUGAAAACCAAGGGAGCCGAUGCUGUGGACUCCAACUCUCCAUACAUCAAGAACGAGCGAUUCAAUGCCAUGGUGGAAGUUCUAGUGCCCAAAAACUUGUUCAACAUGAGAAUCAUCCUUGAAUUCUUCUUGAUUUUUGUUGCUGGAUCUCAAAAGCUCUUUGCUGGAGAUGGAGCCAAUAAACCUGCCAAUAGAACGGCCAUCCAAUUUUUCGAGGACUUCAUGAAAUUGUCCUUCUUGGCCCACGUCCGAGACAGCUUGGAUGCAUCAUUCAAGGAGUUUAUCGGCCAUACAGGCGAUUCCACCAAGGGCAUCGGCAGUGGCCUCAAAUUGGACUUGAUUUCCAUGGACAAGUCCCAGUCGAACGGCGAAAUAGGGAUAACCCCCAAUUCCACAAACUUCACGGUGAUCUACCAGAAUGCAUUGGACUUCAAGAGGCUCUUUUACAACGUCUGUUCCGUAUUCAACACCUCGUUGACCUACAGAGACGAGUUCAGCGUGCUUGUGUUGAGGUUUUUGAAGCAGUUCUCUGAUUCCUACUUGUCCUUCUACAACGAAUUGUUGUCAGGAGGAGAGGAAAAUAGCAGAAUAGUGGACUACAAUUCACCAGCAAGCAACAAGCCGAUCCUGAGAACCAGCAAGUGGAUACGAGUUCCAUCUUUAACUGAGAUCAGUGGCAUGAUCAUCAGUUCUCAAACCAGCGGCGACGAGCUCAAGUUGUUGGUGCAGAAGGAGCUCGAAAUGCUUGUAUUUGGGGGCAGAGAAGACUCGGUCUUUGACACCAACAAAGACGACCUUUUGGACAACGAAUCGUUCAACCAAGUGUGCUACUUGUUGUUGACCACCUCGUGGAUAUUGACCUGGUUGCCGUUCAUCAAGAAGGAGUCCAACUACACCGCCACCUCAGGCGAUCUGGCGUUCAGUCUCUCCGCGAUUGACAAGCUCAGGUACGACUGGUCGUUCUUGGAGAACGGCAGAUCGUUGAUAAACGUCACCACUGGAGGCGAAGACAUCAACCAGGAUAAUCUCUACCUUGCGUUGACAAAGGAGAAACUCAACGAGUUCAACGCAGUGGUACUGAAUUUCCACACCAUCAGAGAUAACACCUUGCUUGCCUUGCGGUACGACUUGAGGUGCAAGGCCAUCUACUACAUCGGCAAGUCGUUUAAGCUGAUCGACUGGACCCCCAUCUCCGAGCCUGGAGACUCGGACCAAUUCAUUGGUUUGUUCAACAAGGAAGUGUUUUCCAUCGACAACAAGCUCACCAAGUACUUGAGCGAUGGCGAGAAAGAGAGUAUUUUCGUAGGGUUGCCCGAGUUUCUCAAUGUGUUGGUGAUCCAGGGGUCUCAGUUGAUCAGAAAGGUAAAUGCGAACGGUAUCAAGAGAGUUUUGUUGAAUAUAUUCACCUUGCAACAAAUGUUGCGGAACUUGUUGAAGAACCCCGAGGAGGUAGACUUUGGCAGAUCGUCGAUUUACUUCGAGUUGUUCACCUUGAACGAGUUCAAUUUUAUUAACUUUGUCAAGGCCAACGACCACCAGUUCAGUGCUGACGAGUACAAGAACAUGGUGCGGUUGAUCUACAGUGAGAAGUUGGCUGACGGGAACGGUACCCAGUUUAACAAGACCAAGUACAAUGACUUGUUGAAGAAAGUGGACCAAGUGUUUGCCAGCAUGGAUUAG